AGUUUUGUUACCGUAAUUGUUUGUGAUUAAUUAAUUUAAAAUUUUAUUAAAUUUAUUAAGUUAUUAGUUAAAUUUUCAUUUAAACAUUUAACUGUCAAAUAAUUUUAUAGAAAUCUAUUUUUCAUCGAUUUACCACGAAUGCAGACUAUUACUAUGUAAUUAUAAACAAUAUGUAACACAAUAAUUUAUUCAAGUGAUUGAAUUUCUAUCUCUUAUUGGAGACUGACAGGGAAACAACUGUUUUUGGCAAAAGUGGCGUCGAGCAAAAAUCAAGAAAAAUACGAAACUAUAUAACAAUCCAGUGAGCAUAAAGUCCGGAACGUUUUGAAAAACACUUGGACACUCACCAAAUGUUCGAUGAGAUCGUUAAAAACUAUUUUUUUUUUUUUGCUUCGUGUCCAAUUUAACACCUUUAAAUCCCCCAUAGGUCGCUUCAUUUUUUUACAAACGUGAAGUCGCUGUUGAAAUUAGAUUCGAAUCUUUCUUGAAAUCAAUCAUAAAAUUUAAUACACUGAUUACCCAUCAAAAAUAUUUCACAAAACGUAGACAGCAGCUGUAUCAUGUUUUAUUAUUAUUGUUGUUGUUGGACAAGAACACUUUAAGGGUAAACAUAACAUUUUGUCAAUAUCUACUACGACCGAUCCAUAAAUGUCUCCAGCGAAACAAACAAAAAUACAUCAGAGAUUGUAAAAACGUCCAAGAAAUUCACGAGGUAAUCAAUAAUCUUAGAGAUUAAUGACAAUAAGAAAACCUUAAAAUGACAAAAGUUCAUUCUUCACAUCGGGAACAAUACAUUUGUAACGGUUUAAAUUGUAAACUAUGUUUAACUUUUUGAUCUACUAAUACGUGUGUGAGCUGUCAAACAAUCUAUGGGAUGAAAUCAUUCGUUUAUGUGGAACAUUCUUCCGGCGUAGUUCUUUUUGUGCGGUCUAUGAAAUAUCGUGUUAAUGAAACUGCCGUGAACAACGAUUAUUGUGUUCGAACAAAAUAGAUGGAAAGACGCAGUGUUGAGGGAGAAUUCAAAGUAAAAUAUAACUCUAUAUAUUCUUGUGGUUCAUCAGAAAAAAACUUGCUUCAAUGGAAUGUAUUUUUUAGUAAAAGGACUCCAAUAAUCACAGAUCUUAAAGGAAACUUAACAUAUUUGGUUCCCUUUGAUAAUUCAAUUAUGGGAGAAUUUAAAAUGAAAUAUAACUCUAUAUAUUCUUGUGGUUCAUCGGAAAAAAAUUUGCUUCAAUGGAAUGUAUUUUUUAGUAAAAGGACUCCGACAAUCACAGAUCUCAAAGGAAACUUGACAUAUUUGGUUCCAUUUGAUAACUCAAUUAUGUUCACAAUAAACUUUGCUGUAAAAGGUACAAACAAUGCCUGGAUUAGUAAUGCUCAUAUAGUACCAUUCAAAAAAGCUUGCGAUACAACAAAAAUGAUAAAUGGGAAAAAUGCUUGGGAAGAGUUUCUUACAGCUUUUAAUAUACCUAAACCUGGAUGUCCAAUUAGUCCUGGUGUAUAUGUAUCAUCUGGAUUUGACCUGAAUUUUAUAACAGAUAUUGAGUAUUUUCCUAAAGUGUUUUUUUACGGGAUAUAUAAAGUUAAUAUGACCUUUACAAAUACUAAAGAAAAGUUUUUAGGCUGCUUCAUUAUUGUAGUUGAUGUUGUUCGUCCAUGGGAGAUAUAAACACAAUAAUUAAGUAUAUUUGCAGGUCUCGUAGUUUCUUUGAUUUAUGUAAAAUGAGUGGAUAAUAAACAUGGGUCCUCGUGAUAUUAAUAUAUGUAUUAAAAUUAUAUCAAUCAUAAAUAUUGUAAUAUAACAUUGAUAUGAA